AUGCUGUAUGCGAGGUUUCCCGAAAUUCGGAACGACGAUCGCGACCACGCGCAUUACCUCGAUCCGCAGAACCGCGCGCGCGCGGAAGUCGGCUCCCCCGCGAUUGUGUGGGACGCGGAGCUGCAGGCGCAGGCGGAGCGACUGGCGGAGUACCUUGCGCAAAAGGAGGGAUGCGCGGUGCGGCGGAUGAAGGAAGUCAGCGGCGGGGUCAACUUGCGCUGGGCGGCGGAAAGCUGGGGGGUGCCCGCGGAAGCGGAAUCGGCGGUGGCGGAGUGGGUGCGCGAAAAGGCGCACUACCGCCUGGAAGCGUUCCCCGCGGGGUGCGCGGAGGGUAGGGAUUGCACGCACUACACGCAGGUGGUGUGGAAGAAGACGGAGCGCGUCGGGUGCGGAACGGCGAUGUGCAACGAAGGGGGAGCCGUUUGGGCGUGCCCUGGCACCACCUCAGCUGGGGCCACGUCACUUGCGCACGAGCAGUGGGCGCAUCAUGUCGUUGUCCUCGUGCUCGAGGAUGUGGCAGUGCCACACAUACCCCGGGCCCUGCGAUGGGUCGAAUGA